CCACGGUUAGAGGCCAUUACGAGUAUUACGACAUCAACCGGCUGACCGACGAAAUUUGUUUUUUGAUUCGUAGGACACUGUAAUAACCUGUACAAAAUACUUUGACAGUUUACCUAACCUGUGUAAUCGGAGGUUGAAGAAGGCACGUUAAAUAAAGUAUAUGCUUUGUGAUAUAUGUCUUUAUUGAUAUUUAUCAAAUAAAAUUACUGUAACAAUAUUAUCGAGCAGAAAUUACGCCGUAGCGAUUUUUAUACGCUCGGUAUGGAACGUCACACGUCGUUUCUCGAAGAAUACGAUCUACAAAAAAUACGCUUUUACGUAACAAUUUUAUAAAUCCUGAAACAAGAUGUUCGCGCGGUUAUUUUCGGAGUUAUCUCGAUUUUUUAUCGAAAAUGUGAGCUUACCGGACUCGCAUCACAACAUACGUAUACACUAAUCUGUACACACAUUUGUAUAUACAUGUCUGUAUAUAUAGAUUACUAUAUAAAUAAUGGUGUUUUGGGCCAUCGUUUAUUCACUAGCAACUUGUCUGUGCUUCAGUGCCAUUCUAGCAAGGCCAGAAGUACAAGGUUACUGUGCUCCGUACAGUGGCAAGAUUUGUCAGAAAUAUCUCAAUGGUAUCGGCAAAGUAUGGUUCAAUGAUUCCAAUGACAAUCCUGGUGGUUGGCUCAAUGAGAAGAUCACAACAGAUCUCUGGAAAGACUUGAUAGAGACUUUAAUGGAACCAUGUCGAUCUGCAGCAGAGAAAAUGUUGUGCAUGUAUGCAUUUCCACUGUGUCAUGAGUCAGUAGGCUUGCCUUUGUGUUACGAAGAUUGUAUGGCGGUGCGUCAGCAAUUCUGCUUCAAUGACUGGGCAAUGAUUGAGGACAACAAGCAAAGAGAUGUUUACUUCCGCUCUCGUGGACAUUUCUCGUUGCCGGAAUGCGAGAGUCUUCCUAAAGUUAAUAAGGAAGUACCCACAUGCUCACAUGUCCAUCUGACCGACAUGGACGAAGAAACUGUUACCUAUGAUUGUAUCAGAAACAACGGCAGAUUUUAUAUGGGAAAAAUUAACAAGACCAAGUACGGCCUAGAUUGCCAGUCGUGGAGUGCGCAAAUUCCGCAUAAUCACGAUAAGCCGCCCGAUGUUUUUCCGCAAAUUCGCUACGGCGAGAAUUACUGUCGAAAUGCAGGCGGUGACGAACCGAUGCCGUGGUGCUUCACGACCGAUCCUUUAAUACGCUGGCAGCAUUGCGAUAUUCCCGAAUGUGACAAUGUUACAACUAAAAUGGAAAACGAUGGAAGAAAGAAAAACUAUAAUAUAAUAUUAGAUACUUUGAAUCAUACAAUCGUGCUCGUUCUAUCGACAUUAAGUCUUGUAAUUUUGGCCGGUGGAUUGCUAUCCGUUUAUUUAAGUCAAAAAUUGCACAAGCGUCAUCGAGGCUACAAUCCGACAGAUACUCAAGCUGUGAAUAUCGAUUUGGACAAAUUACCGAACAACGAAGCGUAUCACAAGACGAGCGCUCAACUAAAUCCGAAACUGGAAAAGCUGGAGUUUCCGCGGAAUAACAUCAUUUAUGUGCGGGAUCUCGGACAGGGCGCGUUUGGUCGCGUAUUUCAGGCAAAAGCGCCAGGACUCGUUUCCGGCGAGGAGUUCACGAACGUCGCUGUGAAAAUGCUGAAGGAGGAGGCCUCAGACGAUCUCCUACGCGAUUUCGAACGCGAGGCCUGUUUGCUCGCCGAGUUUGAUCAUCCGAAUAUUGUGAAGCUGCUCGGCGUGUGCGCUCUGGGACGACCGAUGUGUCUGCUGUUUGAGUACAUGGGUCGCGGCGACUUGAACGAAUUUUUGCGCUCGUGCUCGCCGAGCAAUUAUGUCAUCCGCGUGUCGUUCAAUACGAAUGAUAGUAGCGCAACGACCGGUGAAUUAGCGCGGCUCACGCACAUGGAUCUGAUCAACAUCGCGCUGCAGGUAGCCUCCGGUAUGGUUUAUCUGUCCGACCGGAAAUUCGUUCACCGUGAUCUAGCAACGCGCAACUGUCUGAUAAACGAUCAGAUGAUUGUCAAGAUCGCCGACUUCGGAUUGUCGCAGAAGAUCUACCUGCAAGAUUAUUAUAAAGGAGACGAGCAGGAUGCAAUACCAGUAAGAUGGAUGCCGCUGGAAAGCAUAUUGUACAACAAGUACACGGUCGAGUCGGACGUGUGGGCAUUUGCAGUGUGUUUGUGGGAGAUUUUCAGCUUCGCGUUGCAACCAUACUACGGAAUGACCCACGAGGAGGUCGUGAAGUACAUCAAGGAAGGCAACAUGUUGCGCUGUCCAGACAACACGCCGCAGUCGAUCUACGAUCUAAUGAAGCUCUGCUGGAAUAGACGGCCGUCUGAUCGGCCGACUUUUCGCACAAUCUAUCAGACUCUCGACGGCAUCAGACAGGAGCUGGAGGCAGAAUGCAAAACCGACAGCAUCCCAUUGCGUAUUCGUGUGUGAAACGCAACACUUGAUCGAUCAAUUAGGAAUUAAGCGACAUUAGUUUAUACGCUUACAUAUCUUACUUUGAUCGACGAUUCCAGGUGAGUGACCGUAUGUCAUGAAACGCAAAAUGAUUGACAGGAUUUUAGUUAGCUCUAUUUUUUUUCUCAUACUACUCUUGUUGCCAAAAGAUAGGCACUUAGUACUCCAAUUAUUCCUUUAACAUCUUAUUAGAUUUGUUUGAUAUUUUGAUAUCAGUUGUAAUUUCGUUGACCAAUGCGAAAAAAGGACCAAUGUGCAGAGUGAAGACAGAGAAGACUCGUUGCGUUGAUGUGCGGUAAUUUUUUUCCACAAGAAAUCGAAUAUAAAUGAAAAUUACUCUGUGUGUUAACUCACUUUUCAUCUUCUGAAAUAAAAAUAUUUGUCCUUCUUUUUGUGGAGGGACGUAUUAAUGCUUCUUGCACUUUUAUCGUAUCAGUUCGAAGUUUCUUCCAUGUUGAUUACUUACGCUUUUACACAGCAUUGUCGAGCCUGUACAAACACUAAAAAAGCGAUGACGUGUCUAUAAAAACGCCGCGUGUAAGCGACGUUGUAUUUAGAGGCUUCUUGAUUGUUAGACGUGUGUUAGGUUGUUAUAGAGUUCGCUAUAUAUCGAAUAAAAAGAAAAGAAAGAAGAACACAAAUAGGUAAAAUUUAUAUUUAAUGUGCUUAUAUGACGAUAUUAAUGAGAGAAGACUUAUGAAGAACUACUACUUAGCAAACCCGAAAUACGAGACUAUACAUCGCAAUUGUAAAUCGAGAGGAAACACAAAAAGCGCAUUUUCCUCACAUAAAGUUGCAUAAUUUUUAAUACGCAUUCGACGACUUGUCACGCACGCGAAGAAAUUUUUAUUAUCGUAUGUAAAAAAAUUCAACGUAUUAUAUUUUACUAUAUUAAAAUAUAUACGGGAGAAAAAAACACUUCCGUGUUUAAGACUGCA